AUUCGGCUGCCUCCAGAAGUCAAUCGGAUCCUGUACAUUAGGAACCUGCCAUAUAAAAUCACAGCAGAGGAAAUGUAUGAUAUUUUUGGGAAAUAUGGGCCUAUUCGACAAAUCAGAGUUGGGAACACUCCUGAAACUAGAGGAACAGCAUAUGUGGUCUAUGAAGACAUCUUUGAUGCCAAAAACGCUUGCGAUCACCUGUCGGGAUUCAACGUGUGCAACAGAUACCUUGUCGUUUUGUACUAUAAUGCAAACAGGGCAUUCCAAAAGAUGGACACAAAGAAGAAAGAGGAACAGCUUAAGCUUCUCAAGGAAAAAUACGGAAUUAAUACAGACCCACCAAAAUAAACUGAUCUUUUUAGAAAACUGUUUUCAAGCCUUGCUGUU